ACUAGCAGACGACAUCUAUAUGCACGAGAUGAUUUUAUUGUAUCGAAAGUUGAUUUGAUCUCUUAAACACGCUAUUAAGUCUUUUCACAAACAAUGUUGUUAAAUAGGCAAUUAAAUUUUCUUCGGAAUGUUUACAAUAAGAUUCCCUCCUUAUGUUACGCUACGGUUAUAAAAAAAAAGAAAAAGCGUUCUGAUAAACCGUUUACAAAAAGAUUUGUCGAUUACCAAAGAGUUACGGUGAAAGGCGGUAAAGGUGGAGACGGUUGUUGUUCAUUUCUCAGCUUAUUCGCUAACGAGUAUGCCGGUCCAGAUGGUGGGGACGGAGGUAACGGCGGUCACGUUAUUCUUCAAGCCGACGCGACCUCGACAUCACUAGCCGGGUUAGGAACUCUAUUAAAGGGGCGUGACGGGGUGAGAGGAAAGGGAAAACAUUGUCAUGGAAAAUGUGCUGAACAUCUCUAUGUUAACGUUCCUCUAGGAACCCUGAUAAAAACUGAAGAAAAUGAACUAUUAGCAGAUUUAGCAAAUUCCGGUGAUAUGUACCUAGCUGCAAGAGGCGGUGCUGGAGGAAAAGGAAAUGCUUAUUUCUUAUCAAAUGAAAAUAGAGCUCCAAGGACAUACGAAUUGGGUGCUGCCGGAGAAGAAGCAACUUUAAUCGCCGAAUUGAAUUUAAUUGCUAACUUUGGAUUGAUCGGAUUUCCCAAUGCUGGAAAAUCAACUUUAUUAAGAGCAAUAUCCAGGGCUCGGCCUAAAGUAGCGGUUUAUCCUUUUACAACUCUUAAUCCUCACGUAGGAGUAAUAAAGUAUGAUGAUCACGAACAAAUAUCAGUUGCAGAUCUACCUGGUUUAAUUAAAGGUGCUCAUCUUAAUUAUGGUCUAGGCUUAUCCUUCCUAAGACAUGUAGAACGUUGUUUAUGCCUAAUUUUUGUAUUGGAUUUAUCUCAUCCCCAACCAUGGAAGCAAUUUGACGAUCUUUCCUACGAAUUAGAACAAUAUAAACCCGGUCUAUCCGAAAUACCUCAUGCAAUUAUCGCAAAUAAAGUCGAUUUGCCACUAGCUCAAAAGAAUUUAGAACUUUUAAGGAAGUACAGCAACUUGCCAGUUUUACCAGUUUCUGCUAAAUAUCUAACGAAUAUUGAUACUUUAACUGAAAAAUUGCGAAAUUUAUUCGAUGAUGUUAAAAAAAAAUAA